UUCAAAACAACGUGGGCGUGUUUGGGGUGUGACAGACGGAAGGCCGCCGAAUGGUGACAGAAACAAACCUGACGCAGUUUGCAAGUGGAAGCAGGGCGCUGCCAUUUCGCUGAGGGGAAAGGCGGCCACGGUGCGGAGAGACCAAUAACCUGAUGCAAUGGCCUCUGCAAUCAGUAAAUACGGAACAAGAAGAAGCACGCGUCAGUGUUUGCCUAAAUCACGUAUUGAUCGAAGGCGCACAAGGAUGGCUUCACUUUCUCAAAUGUGUGAUACAGAUGAGGAAACUGAGUCUUCGUAUGAAGAGAGUGAGGAUGAAGAAUCAUGGAGUAGUGUCUCUGAAGAUGAGCAGAACCCAGCAAACAAUACAACAGACAGUUUAGAUGAAGAAAAGGAGACUUCAUGUGAAAAAAGUAAAGAUAAAGAAUUAAAGAGUGGCAUCACAGAAGAUUACAAUGAUCAAAACCCAGCCAGUAAAACAACAGAUAGCUCAGAUGAUGAACGUAUUAUUCGGAAGAAGCGUUUAUGUUUGAGUAACCUAUUAACUGAGAGUGAGAGCAGUUCAGAUAGUGAGAUUUAUAGCAAGCCAGUGAGGAAGGUAAAAGCCAAGUCGUGCUGUAUUUUUGUGCAAGAUGACGAAAGCAAUAGUGAGGAACAGCCAUUGGACACUAGUUUCAGUGUAAAGAUUGCUGAGAAUGGUCAGUUAGAGAAAGAACUUGCAAUUGCUCGAAAAAGGAAACGGCAGUUGGAGCUGAAACGUUUAUCACAGAAGAAAAGGUCUCGACGCACAACUAGUAGUACAUUAGAGUUAACUGAGAUAUCAGAUGAAGAGUCUGACACAUCAUCCCUCUCCCAAGUGGAAAAUAGCUCAGAAACAGAGUGGGAAAAUGACAGUUUAAAAGACUUCAUUGUAUCUGAUGAAAAAGAUCUGCAAGUGACAACAUCAAACCAUAAUGAAUCUCUCCUGGCAAAAUAUCUGCCCAACUUCCACAUCUGCGAUCUCUACUCACACUUCGAAAGAGUUGUUAAAGCUUUGUUGAUCAAUGCAUUUGAUACCAAUUUUCUUAAAUCUUUGUAUGAAGGAAGAAGGUCGAAGAAAUAUGCAAAGGAAAUGCUGAAAUCACUGAGUUAUUUGGAUGAGCGCUGUGUUGAUGCGCGUCUUACAAAUUUAAAGUCAACAAGCCGGUGGAAAGAUCGCUAUAAGGAGCGUGUAGAUUGUUAUCCUAAUCUUCAUGUGAAAGAGCAUUCAGGAUUCAAAACAUCGUGUCAGGCCUGUGAACUGAAACGUACUUGUAGGUUCACAGUUACCCUGUCAGGAAAGCUAUACGACUCCAAAAAUUUGGAACAAGACAGCUUCAUGUCAAGUGACAAGCAGGUGUUGUUAGUUGGCCGAGUGUGUUCCGCGAGGACUGAAGUUUACCAUGGUUUAAAGCACUUUAAGUAUAAGUUGUAUGAGGAGUGCUGCUCCAUAGUGCAGAGUGAAGCUACUCAAGAUGAAAAUGUGAAAGAUGCUGUCAAUCGGAUCCACAAGCGCUUGAAGGAACAAAGCUGGGUCGAAGAGGGCAAAGUGUACUGAAAAAGAGGGAACCAAAACUGCACAAAGAAUUGUUUUAGACAUUCACCUGCAGAUACAAUUGUCCAUUUUUUGAAAAUCAGCAAACAACCAGCCUUUGCAAUAAUUCCUUGUAUUGUUCCAAAUAAUGAAAAAAAUAUUGGUCAAAACACUGACAACAUUGAUUAUUCAGUGGCUUUGUCCUACAUCUCCCAGGGCUUGCAAAUGUUAUAACAUGUAACCAGUAUCAGUCAUGAUUAUCUUACAAGACCUAACUUCCACUGUUACACCAUCUGUUUGGCUUCCUUCUUCCUGUAGUCAGACCACAGCAUUGUCAUUUGUUGGAACUGUGCCAUGUAUUUGGAUUUUCUUGAGUUUCAGAUUUUCUCUCCUCAUUUUGUGCUAAGAGGCAGAAUUACCAGUGCAAAAGUCCUAGAUGUCAGUUUAAGUGGCAGCUUCACGAUAUAGUGCCUGAAAUGAUAAUUAUAUUACAUAUACCAAUUUCAGGAUGUAUAUUAUAUACAUUUCUCUGACAUUAAAUGUCCUUAUUGAAACCGAUUUUAUAAUUUAAUGUUAAAGGUAGAAAUAUAGUUUCUACAUUGUAAGUGCUUUUAUGAUGUAGCUUUAAUGUAAGAUAGAGCAACUUUUAUAGUAUAAGUAAGGAGUAGGGGGAUGGGAGAAUGUGUGUGAAGAAUAUUGUAAAAUGACUGUUAAAGGGGUUGAAUUAAUCAAAAUUCUCAUGAAUUAAAUCAUCAAACCUAUGGUUUGUUAACUUCUUUUGGGGUGCUUUUUUAAUUGGUGCCACUGCACAAGCAUGUAGUGUGUAGAAAUGAGAAAACCCACACUUUCCACAGGAUGGAUGUACAGAGUGUCCUUCCAGAAUAACGCUGGAAUUGAACUCUGAGCUCCAGAAUGUCCCAAACCAUAAUAGCGUCGCACUCAUCGCCACGCUACCGUGGCACCAUUUGCCAAAGUGAAAGUUCAAAGUGAAUUUUAUUAUCAGCACGCAUACAGUGUAUGCCACUAUAUACAACCUUGAGAUUCAUUUUCCUGUGGGCAUAAUCAGCAAAUCUAUAGGAUAGUAACUAUAACAGGAUCAAUGAAAGAUCAGGCAGUAUGGCAAAGACAACAGUCUGUGCAAAUGCAAAUAUAAAUAAGUAACAAUAAAUAAUGAGAACAUCAGAUAAUGAAAUUAAGAGACAAAGUGAGAUCUUUGGUUGUAGGAACAUUUCAAUGAUGGGGCAAGUAAGUGUAGUUUUCCCCUUCUAUUCAUGAACCUGAUGGUCGAGGGGUAGUAACUGUUCUUCAACCUGGUGGUGCGAGUUCUGAGGCUCUUGUACCUCCUACCUGAUAGCAGCAUUGAGAAGAGAGCAUGACCUGCGUGGUGGCGAUCUCUGAUGGUGGAUGCUCCUUUCCUAUGUCAGUGUUUUAUGUGCUUAGUGGUUGGGAGGGCUUCACCUGUGAUGUACUGGGCUGUAUCCACUACUUUUUGUAGGAUUUUCCAUUCAAAGGAUUGAUGUUUCCAUAGCAGACUGUGAUGCAGCCAGUCUCUAUCUCAUUGUGUUGCUAACAAUCAUUCACAUUUGCUUUGAAUUCUAUAUUUUAAUUGCCCUUUUUUAAAUCAGAUCUACUGAAUGAGAGUGCUAUUUCUGCCCUUUGGCCUUUCUUCAUUGACUAGUACAGAUUUAAGAACAGACAUCUCUAUGCCUUUUACUCUUCAUAGUUCUGAUAGAUCGAUACAAUCAUGAAAAGUAAGAUUACAUUUAAGAAAGCAAGUGCAAAAGAACUGAAGGAGGAGGAGGCCAAACUACCCUGCAAGCCUGCUCCACUGUACAUGAAGAUUAUAGCUAAUGCUGUACAUCAAUGCAUUUUCUCACCUGUCCCCAUAACCUUUGAUUCCCUUAGUAUCCAAAUAAAACUGACCUCAAUCAUGAAUAUACUUUCUUUCUUAUGUUUAGCUCACCCAAGGAUAUUGUAAUGCCCACUCCAGUCUUUGCCUCCAGCAAAACUUUGAAUGAUUUUGGUCUGAUUUAGGUGUGGUGCUACUCCUGGUGCUACCAAAGGCUGAAGCUGAACAAUUGGUGACCAGGUCCCUCCUGUGUUCACAGGCAGAGUGCUAUAUAACUUUGCAAAACAGACCUAGAGGAAACUGACCCAUUCUGGGUUCCAGGUCACCACACUGUGGAUGGUUUCAACAAGAUUCCUCUGCAAAAUUCAGCACACAGAAAAGCCAGGAGAAAAAAACCUUGUGGAAAGAGAAAUUUGUGACAUCAGAAACAUCAAAAACCUUCUCUACUUUUCCUCUUAGCUGUGAUCUCAGGAAGUAGUUAUUAAAAUGUCAAGCCACAAUGCAGUCAGCAUUCUGUCAGAGAAUGUUCACUAGAGAGUGUUCACUAGGAAUAAGUCUGUACUGUAACAUGUGAGUCCUCCAGAGGGUGCAAGCUUCUGAACUACUCUGUUGCAGGAGCCAAAUUCCAAGUGCAAAAGGCACUUUUGACAGAAAUUGUCAGUAAGGGCACGAUUUCAGGCAGAUAAGCAAAAUGUGCUCUGGGCUUUUAUUGUGUAAAUGGCAUUCACCUAAAAGGUAAGGUUUUACGCAGUGUCAGUUGUGUUUUCAGAGUCACAAUGUCAUACAGCCCAUAAAAAGGCCCUUUGGCCCACCAGGUUCAUGUCUAUACAUUGAUUUUAUCAUCUAUUCUCGCCACAUUCUCAUCAGCCCUCAGAUUCUAUACUCGGAGCAAUUUUACAGUGGCUGGUUCGCCUACUGACUCACAAGUCCUUGGGAUGUCAAGGAAAACUGAUACAGUCAUAUGGGGAACACGCAGACAGUAUCCGGUCAGGAUUGAACCGGGUACUCUGGUACUGUGAGGAGCUGCACCACCGUCUCACCACUUUUUUGACCUCUGCGGUAGAGACCUAAGCAGCAUAGAAACCACCUGUUAGGUUUCUGAGAGUGAGGUGAUCCUGAGUUUGGCUGAGAAUAGUACAGGCUCUUGGCUUUGUCUUUUCUUUGCCUGUGGCCUCCAAAAACCAUAAUCAUACAAGUUCAUACAGGUCCUUGCAUUGCUGUUAAGGUCAAAAUCAAAUUUAACCUUACUCACAUAUUUGCCCUGGGAUCCUUACAGCUGGUCUCUGGCGACAUGUGCCACAAGCAACAUUUUUGACUUCUGCAUUAUGUUAGUGAAAUUCCUGUAUGUAGAUCUUCCUUACAACCUGCCUCCUGAGUUGCACUGCUCUUCUUUGUUCUCUCUGCCUUCCUCAGAAGACUAUGCUGCCCAGUUCAUGACACUGCAGCAUACAUUCAAAUCUUGUGAGUGGUCCUCAGUAACUGAAGGAGUGCUGGUUGUGUUAUGGUGUGACUUUCCUGAAGUCAGAGCUGUGAAGAAAAUGCUGCUAAUGCAGGAAAUUAGACUGCUUACACCUUCUGUUCUUAAAUUAGAGUGGUAUUGUAGAGGGGAUCCCAUCUAUGCUGUUUUGGAACUCACAGUAAUUAAUGAAUUUUGUGUUUUUUACUAUCUUUUUCAUACAAUAUUGGGGAGAUUGUUAACUGAUGAGCACAGUUCAGUUUCUCAGCCUUUGUUUCUUUUUGUUAAGAAAGUUAAGUACCAAAAUCAAAUAUUGAGCUUCCAGGAGAAGAAAAGUUUUACUUCAGGUAAAGAUUCAUGUGCUUAAGUGAUAUUUACAAAAGUACAGGCCUGAAGAUAGUUUAAAAGCCUAUGUCUAAUUUGGGAUAUAGUCACCAAAAUAUUAUUUAGAGAUUUGUGUUUGUUCAGGAGUUAGAACUCAGAAUAUUCUAAAGAUAAAUCAAGCAAAAACUAAGGCAGGACAUUUUAAAGGAUAAUCUAUAGUAAUCAAUUUUUCUUGUUCCCAAACUACAGUGUUUGCCAGAUGCUGCAUGCAAUUAACAUAAUCUUCAAAAAUGUUAAAAUGCCAGUUGAUUUCACUGCCUAGGUACUGUAGGACAAUAAAAUGGAGGGACUGAUGUGUGUUCAAAUGGUUUAGUUCCACUGAAACAAUGAAAAAUUGCCUUAGAAAAACACUAAUCCUGUUGGCAAAUACUAAUCCUGUCACAGGUGUUAGUCCAAAGUUUUUCAAGAUCUUUACCUUGAGGGUCAAGGAGUUAAUCAGAUUAUGAAGAGAGGUCUGGUAAUUAGCACAAUCUGCUUCAUUCUGACAGCAAACUUAUCUGGCUAUUUUCCUUUCUUUCUGAACAAAUGUCAUGUAAGUUGGAAAUGCAUUUUUCAAUAUCAAAAUGUAUUUUACUUAUGCGUAGUUGGAAUUUUAAGGUUUUCUCCCAUAAGGUUUGGUAGGGUCUGUAUCUUUCUCUAAC